GCUGCGCAGAGGAAAUGAUGUCGAGGCACAUCUCUGGCGAGAAUCUGAUCUAAUUACAGUUUGGUGGCUCGGCGAAUUGCUCGGGCGGCAAUGUGAGGCUUGUACCGGCGGCUGCGGCAAGAUGCAGAAGGCAAUCCGCCUGAAUGACGGGCACCUCUCCUACCUGGGGCUGCUGGCCAAGAAGGACGGGAGCAGGAAGGGCUACCUGAGCAAGCGGAGCUCGGACAACACCAAAUGGCACAACAAGUGGUUCGCCCUGCUCCAGAAUAUGCUGUUUUAUUUUGAGAAUGAUUCCGCCUCGAAAGCCUCGGGUCUCUACUUGCUGGAGGGGUGUGUGUGCGAGCGGGCACCAUCUCCCAAACCAUCGCUGUCCGCCAAGGAAUCCUUGGAGAAACAGUAUUACUUCACCAUAAACUUUGGCCAUGAUGCUCAGAAAGCCCUGGAGCUGAGGACGGAGGACAUGAAGGAUGGUGAUGACUGGGUGACAGCAAUCAGCCAUGCAAGUUACAGGAACCUUGCAACAGAACACGAGUCCCUGAUGCAGAAAUACCUCCACCUUCUGCAGAUCGUAGAGACUGAGAAAACAGUCGCAAAACGAUUGCGGCAGCAAAUUGAGGAUCAAGAGAUUGAAGUUGAGCGACUGAAAGCUGAGAUUGCUUCACUGCUCAAAAACAAUGACCGCAUCCAACUAACUGAGCCAGUGACGCAGAAUGAUGAAGAUGUUGAUAUAAGGAAAAUCAAGAAGGUCCAAAGCUUCCUGCGAGGAUGGCUGUGCAGAAGGAAGUGGAAGACCAUUAUCCAGGACUACAUCCGCUCCCCACAUGCUGAGAGCAUGAGGAAGAGGAACCAGGUUGUGUUCAGUAUGCUGGAGGCUGAGGCUGAGUAUGUCCAGCAGCUCCACAUCCUUGUGAACUGCUUCCUCCGACCACUCCGCAUGGCAGCCAGCUCCAAGAAGCCUCCGAUCGCCCAUGAUGAUGUUAGCAGCGUAUUCCUAAACAGUGAAACAAUUAUGUUUUUGCACCAAAUAUUUUACCAGGGACUAAAAGCUCGAGUCUCCAGCUGGCCUACACUAGUACUAGCUGACCUGUUCGACAUUCUCCUUCCAAUGCUGAACAUCUAUCAGGAGUUUGUAAGGAAUCACCAGUAUAGUCUACAGAUCUUGGCCAGCUGCAAGCAAAACAGGGACUUUGACAAACUUCUGAAACAAUAUGAAGCAAAGCCGGAUUGUGAAGAGAGGACACUGGAGACAUUCCUGACCUAUCCAAUGUUUCAGAUCCCCAGAUACAUCCUGACUCUCCACGAGUUGUUAGCUCACACACCCCACGAACACGUGGAGAGGAAGAGUCUGGAGUACGCCAAGUCAAAGCUGGAGGAACUCUCACGGAUAAUGCACGAUGAAGUGAGUGAAACAGAAAACAUUCGCAAGAACUUGGCUAUCGAGCGGUUGAUUGUGGAGGGAUGCGAGAUUCUCUUGGACACCAGCCAGACGUUUGUACGGCAAGGAUCGCUUAUCCAAGUACCAAUGACUGAGAAAGGGAAGAUUACCCGUGGUCGGUUGGGAUCGCUCUCACUGAAAAAGGAGGGAGAGAAGCAAUGUUUUCUGUUCUCCAAACACUUGAUAGUUUGUACCCGAGGAUCGGGUGGGAAACUCCACCUAACUAAAAUGCUGUUUGACAGUAAACGAAAUGGUGUUCUCUCACUUAUUGACUGCACCUUGUUGGAGGACCCAGAGACCACAGAAGAUGAGACUCGAGGAGCAGGUCAAGACAUGGAACACCUUGAUUUCAAACUUGUGGUGGAACCGAAAGAUACGCCAUCAUUCACUGUGAUUCUGGUGGCCUCGUCACGGCAAGAGAAAGUUGCAUGGACUAGUGAUAUUAGCCAGUGCAUAGAUAAUAUUCGAUGCAAUGGUCUGAUGAUGAAUGCAUUUGAAGAAAACUCCAAAGUCACAGUUCCACAGAUGAUUAAGUCUGACACCAGCCUUUACUGUGAUGAUGUGGAUAUAAGAUUCAGCAAAACCCUCAACUCCUGCAAAGUUCUCCAGAUUCGCUAUGCAACCGUGGAGCGUCUAUUGGAGCGCCUGACUGACCUGCGCUUCUUAAGUAUAGACUUCCUCAACACGUUCCUGCAUUCAUAUCGGGUUUUCACCACAGCCGAAGUGGUGCUGGACAAGCUCAUCACCAUUUACAAGAAACCAAUAAGUGCGAUACCUGCAAGGUCACUUGAACUCUUUCUUGCAAGCAGCCAAAAUAAUAAACUUAUGUACAGGGAGCCCCCAAAAUCCCCACGAGCGAGUCGGAAAUUUUCCUCCCCGCCGCCCCUUUCUAUUUCUAAGACGUCGUCACCAAUUCGGAGGAGGAAGCUUUCCCUGAAUAUUCCCAUUAUCACGGGGGGAAAGGCCCUGGACCUUGCCACCAUGACCUGCUCAUCCAAUGGCUAUGCAAGCAUGUACUCCUCGCCGUCCCCCUUCAGCAAGACCAGCCUGGAUAUCAACAAGCUGUACGUGUCCAGCACCUAUUCCAACAAACUCUCCGAUGAGCAAGAAGCCAAAUCAGACAAAGCUGAAGAUUCUGGUCCCAGUAAAGGAGUAGGUGCAGCCAGGACAGUCAAGGAGGAUUCCGAGAUUGAGCAAGGCUUCAGUGAUGAGGCUGAGACAGAAACAUCACCGACAAAAUCUCCAACGUCUCCAAAAAAACUAAAAUCAAAGAACUCCUCAGAGUUCCCCUUGUUUUCCUACAAUAACGGAGUGGUAGUCACCUCCAGUCGGGAGAUGGAGAACAAUCGUAGUGCAAUGUCAGCGACCUCAGCCUUUGCCAUUGCGACGGCUGGUGCCAACGAGGGCACUCCCACCAAGGAGAAGUUCAGGAGAAUGUCCCUGGCCAGCGCAGGCUUUCCUGCUGAUCAGAGAAUUUGUGACAAAGAAUUUGUCAUUCGAAGAGCAGCUACAAAUCGUGUGCUCAACGUGUUGAGGCAUUGGGUCUCAAAGCAUUCCCAGGAUUUUGAAGCAAACAUCGAGUUAAAAAUCAAAGUGAUUGGUUUUCUGGAGGAAGUUAUUCAUGACCCUGAAUUGCUAACUCAAGAGAGGAAAGCAGCAGCUAACAUCAUCAGGACACUGAAUGAAGGUGACCCAGGAUAUUACCAAAUCCCUAUGGAAGAGAUUAUGAACACGACGGAAGCAGAGACUUUUGAGAAUCUUUCUGCCCUGGAGAUAGCUGAAGAGUUGACUUUGUUGGACCACCUGGUCUUUGGGUGCAUUCCAUAUGAGGAAUUUUUUGGUCAAGGUUGGAUGAAACCUGAGAAGAACGAGAGAGCACCCUACAUUAUGAAAACCACCAAACAUUUCAAUGAUAUCAGCAACUUAAUUGCUUCAGAGAUUCUGAAGAGUGAUGACGUGAAUUUCCGAACAGCUGCCAUUGAGAAAUGGGUGGCAGUGGCGGACAUCUGCAAGUGUCUACACAAUUACAAUGCCGUGCUGGUGAUAACCUCGGCACUGAACAGAAGUGCCAUCUUCCGGCUGAAAAAAACAUGGCUGAAAGUAUCCAAGCAGACCAAAGCAUUAAUUGACAAGCUGCAAAAACUGGUGUCUUCUGAAGGGCGAUUCAAAAAUCUCCGGGAGGCACUGAAAAAUUGUGAUCCUCCGUGUGUUCCUUACUUGGGAAUGUACCUGACCGACCUGGCAUUCAUUGAGGAAGGAACACCCAAUUAUGCUGAAGAUGGCUUAGUCAACUUUUCCAAGAUGAGAAUGAUAUCUCACAUAAUCCGAGAAAUCAGACAAUUCCAGCAGACAUCCUACAAGAUAGAGCAACAAAUCAAGGUGGCACGGUAUUUAUUAGAGCAGUCUAACGUCAUGGAUGAAGAAAGCCUUUAUGAAGCAUCUCUGAGGAUAGAACCAAAGCAGCCAACCUGAAUCACAAUCAUCCCUCAGCAUCAGAAACCUUGCAUAACUGAUGAUAUCGCUGGUCUCCUUCAAUGUGCUGUGCAUGGGCCAUCGCUGAAGAGAAGACACUACUAAAUAAUACACGGAGUGCACCAUCCGUCCACUUGCUCCAGAGGGCCAUUUGACAAUAAAACAGCUGCUGGACUUUUAUUGUAGAGCAAAUCUUUUUGAAAAAAAAAUAGUGCAGCAGUUGUUGCUAUUUAAGUUACAACUGAACCAUUUCAGCAUUCUUUAGAAAAUCUACACAGUUCUCCAACACUAUCCCAGAAUGGAUGGUAUAAUGGGCCAGAACAUGCCCUUUCACUUCCAGGGGCUUGGAUCCAAUCCAGCCCAUGGAGCAGAGCCCACGGUAUUAAAGUCUUCCCUAUCUCAUGGACUCCUUUCACCACUGGGAACUACUGAUGUGCUGAAUGACCCUUACCACUUACAAAGGGUUGUGUGAUAUUCUCAUCCACACUUGGUCUUGUUAUCACAGGCUUAAGGCUAAACCUGACAGUCACCUCUUCUCUGAUGGAGGUUUCCUUUCACCACUGGAGGCACUGUGAUGUAACUGACCAGCACAUCAUCCUUUCCUGGGGAGGAUCUGAGUUCAUUACCCAGAUUGAAAGCUUCAUCUCUCUAGCUAACUCACCUUCUAUCUCUGGGUCCACAUUAAGAUUACCUUGAUGGGUCAUAUGACUCCUUUCCAGUGUUAAGGCUGGAUUAGCACCCCUGGGACCCUGGUUUGAAUCCUCUCCUUGCUGAUCUGAUAAAUAAUAAGGCUCAGACUACUCAGUCAAGAAACAGGAGCCUCUCGCAUAGAAGCCCACUUGAUGUAGCACCAAUUUCCAGUUGAUGCCCACGGAUAGUGUGGGGGAUGUCCACACACUCCUACUGAAGCUAACACACAUAACUAAAACAUAUCAAGAGAUUAUUAGUUUGUACCUAUCCCAUGCUCUACCUAACUGCAGAACACUGAACACCAACAUUUCUCAACUCAUUAAGAUGAGAAUUACCAAGAUAAACCUCACCUUAAUGAGGACCAAAGAAAACCUCUACCCCCAAUACAGAAACAAAACUCCCUUACAAACAAUUCUGGGAUAAGAGUUCUGCUGAAGCUCAAUCUCCAGGCCAGUGCUUCUCUGUUGACCCCAAGCUGCUUUAAGUUUCUCUGGGAUUGCUUUGGCUGACACGAGAUGCUCUGCACUCACAAUGUCCAGGAUAAGGUUCGUCCACAGUGGCUUUGGGCAGCUCCUGGAGUCUCCGAGCAGUGAUGAGAAACGCAAAUAGGCUGGAUCUUUGCUCUGCGUGUACUUACAUUAUUUUAUGAGUAAAGAGAUUUUUCACAAGUC